GAUUUGAGAGUGUUCACUGGUUAGACACAUAAUCUCUGUAAUGCUUGAGCUUUUACCUUUAUUUGGAGAGAAUCAGUGAGAUCUAAAUGAAUUUUGAUAUUAGCAAAUUUCACGCCAAAAACACCUUUUCAACAUGCAGCUCUGUGAUUCGAAUUUUAAAGCUAUAACAUAUGCGAAUUCUUGGUGUUCAGUUAUAAAAUGGAUGUUUACACUGUGAUAAGCUUUGUGACAACAUUUGUAUCAUUCAUAACAUACACUGUGUCUUUCUCUGCGCCAUUCUGGUAUUACACUGACCUUGACACACAGGAAAUUUAUGGAGGGAUGUGGCAAACAUGUGUUUCCAAUUAUAUCACUAAGACGUGUUCGAAUAAUGUGCUUGGUUCCAACACAGGAUGGAGACCUGCCUAUCAAUCCUUUGGAUGCCUAGCGCUCAUUUGUGUUAUCCUAAAUCUGUCGUUGAUGAUCAUCUACGUGUUCAAAUGGAGACACAAAGAAUGGCUUCGUUUUGCCAUUAUCAUCACAUCUUUUGCCACAGCUGUGAUGAGUUUUAUUUGUGUUUCGAUCUUCGCUGCCAAAUUCAGGAACCCAGAUUACAAGACGGAGGACCUCAGCUUUUGCUUUUACCUGGCUAUAAUUGCAAUACUGACGUCUAUGUGUACAGGUGUUAUUCUCGUCGUCGGAAAACUUAAAGGACACUGAAAAUAAAUACCUGUACAUGGUCCAAUGGAGAGUUCCUGUGUAUUUCACUUAUUUGUGAAAAAUAUGAAAUAUUAAUGCGAAUCAGUCUGAAUAGCUUAAGUAUAACCCCCCCCCCCCUCUUCCCCCCAAGAAAAAAGGAAAAGAAGUGCAUCUCAAUUACAGCCAGCUUGUUGUCACUUCCCGGUGAUGUUAGCAAUGAGGAGUUUCUCGUAAUGGAAAUGUAAGCACAAUGUUCCGAACUGAUUAAUUUUUAAUAAAUGGAGGACCUUAUACUGAAAUGACUCUUAUUUUUGUGUAUCAUCUACUAUUGAUACUGUAAAUCACUUAUUAUUCACGGGAACUUUAUUUUCGCUAAUCACACGAGCACUGUUCUCGCGAAAAUUUAAAUAUCGCGUAUAUUUAUUUAAAUUUUCCUAAAGAUGAUAUAGAGCAAUAACCCCAAUUCGUUAAAAUAUUUUUAAGCUUAGUAAAAGUAAAUAACUAUCUCGCAAAAAUUAAGUGUCGCGAAAAUGUAGUGAUUUACAGUAUCCUCUUUGAUGGUGAAUAAAU